AGGGCAAGGGAUGUACGGCGCAUCCAGUGAUGAAGAGAAGAGGUUGACCAUGAUGCUGUUCAGCAACAUCUUUGAUUCUCUGUCCAAAAUGGAUUAUGAUCCAGAGCUGUUUGGAAAAGCGCUUCCAUGCUUGACUGCCAUUGGUUGUGCCUUACCACCAGACUAUUCUCUUUCCAAAAAUUAUGAUGAUGAAUGGUACAGCUCAAAGACAGGAACAGAUCCUGAUGGUCCGUACAACCCACAGCCCGUAAAUACCAGCAGUGUGGUUUUGAACAAUGAUCUCAACAAUAUUGUCCAACAGUUCUCAGAACAUUAUCAUGAUGCAUGGGGCAGUAAGAAAUUGGAUAAUGGUUGGGUACUUGGAGAACAGUGGUCUGAUGCUAAUGAAGCUCACCCUCGCUUGAAACCAUACAGCGUGCUGAAUGACUAUGAGAAAGAGCGUUAUAAGGAGCCAGUGAGAGAGUCCUUGAAAGCCCUGCUUGCUAUUGGUUGGACUGUGGAACACUCAGAUGUUGAAGUACCGUCAAACAAUAGAAAUUCCACAAGAAUAUCUUCCAAAACGAGCCCAGUUGAUAAAGCUACACCAUUUAACUACCACCCACACCCAGUGGAUAUGACUAAUCUGACACUAAGCAGAGAAAUGCAGAACAUGGCUGAGAGGCUGGCGGAAAAUGCUCAUGACAUCUGGGCAAAGAAGGAAAAAGAGGAGCUGACAACUUGUGAAACUGCCGGAGACUGACAUAAUGGAAUUUUGCCAAGAUACAGCUCGCUUUCCCUGAUAAGAUUGGUCCAGCAGAUGAAAUGUCAUGGCAACAUUAUCUUUACUCCAAGCUUGCAAUGUCAAAAAGGGACUUACUGCGAGCGUUACACGAUUAAGAAUGAAAUCGUCUCGUCAGAAGAGUAAAGUUCAGAUAUUAGAUGCGGUAAGUGGUGAUUUUUUCUAUUCCGAUAACUCGUAACUAAUUAAAGCAGUAUCUGAAGACUACAAAUUAUAUUAAUAAAAUAAUUGUAUGGCAGCGAGUAACAAGAUGGCCGUCUUCCGGGUCGUAGCGCUGUGAAGUCAGGUUGAAAUUUACCAGCGUUUCGGAGAUACAUGUUGCCUUGAUCAUCGCCUUGAUGUCUGAGGCAGCAAGUUCCUCUGAAACGUCUGUAAACUUGUACCAGACAACGCAUUGCACUGCAACCGAGACGACAGCCAUCUUAAGUUGCGUGGCAUUGUUUUUCUCCAGA